AAGUCCAGUUUGCUACAUCAUAUACCCAAGUUCCAUGGGUUAUCAAUGGAGGACCCUAAUAAGCAUUUGAAGGAGUUUGAAGUCGUAUGCUCAAGUAUGACACCGGUGAACGUGGAUAGCAACAUAUUGAAGAUGAAGGCUUUUCCUUUUUCUUUGUUGGAAAAGGCCAAGGAUUGGUUGUACGAGUUGGCUCCUGGCACUGUCACAUCAUGGGAAAGUAUGAAGCGAGCUUUCUUAGAGAAGUUCUUUCCAACAUCACGAAUCAUUCUUCUUCGCAAGAAGAUUAGUGGAAUUCAGCAAAACCAAGGUGAAUCUUUCCUAACUUAUUAUGAACGUUUUAAAACCCUUGUUGCUUCAUGUCCACAGCACCAAUUGAAGGAGGAGCUUCUUCUUCAAUAUUUCUACGAAGGGCUCUUACCAAUUGAACGUCAAAUGUUGGAUGCAUCCGCGGGAGGAGCUCUAGUGGAUAAGACACCCAUGGAUGCCAAAAUGCUCAUUGCUAAUCGCGCACUCAACGCACAACAAUAUGAAGGAGUUGGGCAAAGAGAUGCCCCACGGCCACAUCAUGUCAAUGAGGUAAGUUCUAUUUCUGAGUUACAAUCCCAAAUGGCUAACCUUACGUCCAUGUUGUCACAGUUUGUUGAAGGCCCCAAACCGCAAGGAACUACAAUGUGUGGUGUAUGUUCCAUUCAAGGACACCAAUCUGAUCAAUGCCCUCAAUUAAUUGAAAAUAUCAAUCCAAAGGGUGGUUUUGAAUCUGCAAAAGCCAUCAUUUUACGAAGUGGAAAAGAAGAGGGAAGCAAAGCACAUGCAUCUGCCCCAAACAAGGAAGAUGAGAAUAAUGUUGUUUCAAAUGUUGUGAUUUCAAACACUAAUCUGCCCAAUGUUCCUUUUCCUCACAGAUUUGCACAAUCAAAGAAGGAAGAAGGCGAAAAGGACAUUUUGGAGACCUUUCGCAAAGUUCAAGUAAACAUUCCUUUACUUGAUGCUAUUAAGCAAGUACCCAGGUAUGCAAAGUUUUUAAAAGAGUUAUGCACAACUAGGAAAAGAAUUUCAAACAAAGAAGUUGUGAAAGUAAGUGAAAAUGUGUCCGCGGUCUUGCAACGCAAGUUACCUCCAAAGUGUAAGGAUCCAGGGAGUUUUACUAUCCCAUGCAUAAUUGGAAACACUAGAUUUGAACAAUGCAUGUUAGAUUUAGGUGCAUCCAUCAAUGUAAUGCCAUAUUCCAUUUAUGCAUCAAUGAACCUUGGUGAGUUAAAACAAGAUGGCGUUAUAAUUCAAUUGGCCGAUCGUUCUAACGCUUAUCCCAAGGGAGUCCUUGAGGAUGUUUUAGUGCAGGUCAAUCACCUUAUUUUCCCCGCAGAUUUCUAUGUUUUAGACAUGGAGGAUUCAAGCCAUGCUCCAUCAUUGCCAAUCUUGCUAGGCCGUCCCUUCAUGAAAACAGCAAGAACAAAGAUUGAUGUGUAUACAGGAACAUUGACCAUGGAGUUUGAUGGGGACAUUAUUCAUUUUAAUCUUUCUGAAACCAUUAAACAUCCAAUUGAGGACCAUUCUUGUUUUGCUAUUGACAUUGUUGAUUCU